AUCGACUGUAGAUGUCACUAGCAGAAUAGAAAAUAAAUUUAUCUUGUGACAAAAUUCGCGACUAAAAAACAAAAAGAUUACAAACAACCUUGUGGAGGUUAGGGAUAUUAACUGUUUGUAAUUAUUUUAGUCCUAGAUCAAGUGAAUUGGCUAAAAUAAAUCAAAAUGGCGCUAAGCGAUGCCGAUGUUCAAAAACAAAUCAAGCACAUGAUGGCCUUCAUUGAGCAAGAGGCCAAUGAAAAAGCUGAAGAAAUAGAUGCCAAAGCUGAAGAAGAAUUUAACAUUGAAAAGGGUAGACUGGUUCAACAACAGAGAGUUAAGAUAAUGGAAUUGUUUGAGAGAAAAGAGAAGCAGGUUGAACUUCAAAAGAAGAUUCAGAGCAGCAAUUUAUUGAAUCAAGCAAGAUUACGAGUUCUGAAAGCCAGAGAAGAUCAUGUUCGAGAUGUCUUAGAAGAAGCCAGGCGCCGAUUAGGCCAGGUGACUAAAGACCAAAACAAAUAUCGAGGUAUCUUAGAAGGAUUGAUUGCCCAAGGUUUAUUUCAAUUGAUGGAACAAAAUGUAGUUGUGCGAUGUCGAGAACAAGAUGUAGACCUGGUACGAGAGGUGGCACCUGGUGCUGUGCAGAAAUAUAAAGAGGCCAUGAAGGGAAAAGAUGUGUAUGUUAAUGUGGAUAAUGAAAAUUUCUUGAGUCCAAACAGCUCUGGUGGAGUAGAAGUUGUAGCACAAGGUGGUAAAUUCCUUGUAGAGAAUACCCUGGAUAGCCGGCUGUCUCAGAUGUCCGGUCAAAUGCUGCCGAAAUUACGAGAGAUGUUAUUUGGAAGAAAUCCUAACCGAAGAUUUACUGACUAAAUUAGGACUUUAUACUAUUUACUUCUAGAUAGACAUAUAAUAUCAAUAUAGGUUCCUUCAUCAAUAUGGUGACAACUUGGUUUUAUCAUACUGAAGGACCAACUUUCUACUCUUGUCUUGACCAUUAAGAUAUCUUUCAAGAAUCCUGGAGUAUGUUAUGCUCAUUGAAAGAUUCCCUUAGAAACACUUAAAAAUGAUUAGAAAUGGUACACCAUCUUUUGGCAAUUAGUGAAGCUAACAUCUGAAGUGUUCACCAUAUUGAUGAAGUAACUUUCUAAUAUUUAUAGACAUUCCUUUUGUUAUAUUAAUUGGUCUGGAAAUAUUUAGAUUAUUAUUGAUCAUAUAUUAUUUAUGCUUAAUCAGGAAAGUCCCAGUUUUAUGUCAUUUUAUCAUCAAGAGAAUAAAUUGUAUUGUGUACCAGAAUUUAAAAAAAACUUUAGUAAUCAUUGAUAGGAUGAAAGAGAGUUAUUAUAUUUAUGCAUGUUUUUUUGAUUAAUGGUAUUAAACCUAUAUCUUCUUUCAUUGUUUACAAAUAAAUUCAGAGGCUAAACCAAUAAGUCUGAAAUAGAUUGGAAUGAAAUACCUGAUAGGACAGCAAAUAAAUUUACAAAAAUAUGUUUUUGUAAAUAUGUUUAUAUAUCAAAAGAUAUGAAUUUUUCCCUGCUAUGCUUGUAUCUCUAUAAAUAUUGGUGAAUUUUAGCCUAGAUACAGAAGAAUGUAGUAAAGAUUGUGUCCUCAAUAUUUGUGAACUAGGUAGUGUAGAAAUCACUAAAACCAAACUAGUCAAUUAUCUUUAGUAUGACCCCAUUUGAAUUUGAUCUUGAAAUAUAUUAAAAGGGUUUCUGAAAAAUUUAUUUCUUAUAUUAUAAACCCAUUAUCAUUGAGACCAAUGAUCCAGGGAUUUCAGUCAUUUGACAGGCUCUGCACUAGGCAUGUGUGUUAAUGUUUUUGAAUUUUACAAUAUGUAGUUCUGUACCAUUAUAAUCAUGUGGGUAUUAAAUUGUCAUUGGUGAAUUAUUUCUUCAUUAUUAGAACUUCAUUAUACAAAUAAAAUUACUCUAAGGAAACAGAAGGCAUGUUAUGUUGACAUCUAUUUGUUAUUUCACACAAAUAUCCAUUAAUUUUUAAAAUGAUUUGCAUAUCAAUUUUGCAGAAUUGUUUACAAGUCAAGAAUGAAGUUAAUGUACUUGCACAUUUUAAAAGCUUUUUUAUAUAAAUUCUACAUUUUCUUUAUAAAAUUAAAACUAUUUCCAAAAUAUACAAUUUCAAUG